CCUCCAUCCGAGCCGACAGAUCCCUCCCUCUUCACCUCCAAUUCGACCCUCCCCCAUCUCAAUCAUCGUUUCUUACUUGCUCCCGCAUCCGUUCCGAUGCCCAUUGCACCACCCAAACCGAUUAUUAGUGACAACCUCGACGGGUUUCCUUAAUUUGCGCGUUGCCCUGAGCCGUGUGGCGAAACUUGCUCCAGCGCGACGCCAUUGCCCCAAACAACGCAACGCGCCUUGUCGUGUUUACCUCUCCACCUCCCGACAAUCCGCCCGCCAUCUCAGCUGCCCCGCCGUCGCGUCCCUCCUAUCGCGCGCGGACAUCUCCGCUAAUUUAACUUUUCGACAAUUGCCAUAUUACCACACCCCUAUCAUUGACCCUCGCAUCUUGCUUCUGUUACCGCCGUCGCCGCCGUCAUGUUCUGGUCCGGGACACUGCUCAGUGCCACCGGCCCCUUGGCCAAGGCAUGGCUCUCCGCCAACCAAGAGCGCAAGAUUUCCAAGGUCCAGAUUCUGCAGCACAACUUGCAAGACAGCGUGGACGCCAUCAUCGCCCCCAAUGACGCCCCCCUCGCUCUCCGCCUGAGUGGCCAGCUGCUGCUCGGCGUCGUCCGCAUCUAUAGCCGGAAGGCGCGUUAUCUCCUCGACGAUUGCAAUGAAGCUCUGAUCAAGAUUAAGAUGGCUUUCCGAUCAACCGGUAACCAUGACAUUCCUACAAAUCUACAUCCAACCGCCAAGGAGGCGCUCAUGCUCCCCGAUACCAUCACGCCAUAUGAUAACCUCGACCUGCUCCCACCGCCGAGCUCCGAGUUUCUUGCUUCGCAAAUCGAGGAGGUAACGGCGAGCCCGAUAAACGCCCGCAAGGCUGCCGUCAGGUCCAGCCACCGUGACAUCAACCUUCAGGAGGACUUCAACAACAGCCAGUUCCUGCAGGAUACUACAGGGGACGAUGAAGAGCUGGCCCUCGCGAACAUGGACGACCUCGACCUGGAGCUGGACUUCGGCAUGGAUAUCGAUGAGCGUCCGACCAAGCUGAUGGACAAGAGCGUGGAAAUUGGCAGAGAUGCGCCGGCCGCCCGGCCGGUCGAGGAGGACAUGUUCAGCGAGCUGGAUAUGGGCGGCCCGAGCAAGGACCGCCAGACGCGUGAGCCAUCCCUGGGUCUCGAUCUGGACUUCGGCGAUGGCGUGCAGAUUGCCGAUGGGGAGGGUGAUAUCCAAAUGGGCGACGAUGAUCUCCAGUUCAACGUCGGAGACGAGUCCGCCAUGCCCGGGGCCGCGCGCCCGGACAUGAGCCGUGCGCGCAUUUCCGAGUCGCCGCUGUCCGAUAUUGACGAGGACUUUGCCAAGGAGGUCGAGAUGGAGUACAGCCGGCACAUGAACACCGACAUGUACGAGCCGGGCGAUGACCCGACAGCAUCCAUGAUCCGGGCGCCUCAGCGACAGAAGAAGAAGAAGCUGCUCCAGCCAGACGACCAGACAAUGCUGUCCAACGCCCAGAUCAAGGAACAGCAAGCGAAGCGCGACAACAUUCUCAAGCCGCAGUCCUUCCUGACGCACGAUCCGUAUAUCGUCGGCCUGAUGGACCUACAAAAGAACGGCGGUUUUGUCAACAACGUUUUGUUCGAGGGCCGCAGCAAUGGCUGGGCCCCCGAGCUGAAGGGCCUUUUGUCUCUCGGAUCUAUCCGACCUAACGCGCUGAAGCGGAAGAGGGACAGCGGCGUUGCCGAUCUGGAUAGCGAGGAUGAGCAGGGCGUUUCAAAGUCGCCGCGUCUAGAGCUUCCCGAGGAUGAGACGGUGCUCGGCCUCGACGGGUCCAUUGCCGGCAACCAGAGCAUCGCCGCGGACGGCACGGUACUCGACAUCCCCGCCGAUGACACUGUCGUCCUGCACGGCGACGAAGAGGAGAAUGAGCGACCCGACUCGCGGGGAGGUGCUCCCUCCAGCCCGAUGCCUAAUUUCGAUGAUACCACCAUGCCGAUUGUACACCCCUCCGACAGCGGCCCCGUGUCCAUCGGCACUAAGCAUGCCGUGCACAUUCUCCGCGACCUGUUCGGCGCCGAGGCCGCCACGAACCCCGAGAAGCGCAAGAAGACGGCCGUCAUCUUCCAGGAGCUGCUGCCCGAGCACAAGACCUCCAAAGCCGACGCCACCAAGAUGUUCUUUGAGUGCUUGGUGCUCGCCACCAAGGACGCCAUCAAGGUUGAGCAGCCCGAGGGUGCCCUCGGCGGCCACAUCCGCGUCCGCGGGAAGCGCGGGCUCUGGGGAGACUGGGCGGAGCGCGAGGCCGGCGGCGAGGCUGCCCGCGAGCCCCACCAAAACCAACCCGAGAGCGCCGUGCAGUCGGCUGCCGCGGUGGCCGUGGAGGCGUAGGGGUCUUCUUCUAUGGUCGAUGCCUAAAAAGAACGGCGUGGCACCUGUAAUGUUGGCUUCGGGUUUGGCUUGUUGUUGUACUGCAUAGAUUCCUUGGUAUUUCUGGCUGGUGGCGCUGUUGUGUUGGGGCAUCGGGUCUUUGUUUACUCUCUCUCUCUUCUUUCUCGGUCGUCGUCAAUACGACCGAGUGGCGUUUGGCGCUCCGGGAAACUGGGGAUACCAUUGUUGGACGGCUUAGUUCUGGUCUGGGACAAAAUCUGUUGGUGAUGGGGUACGUCCUCGUUGGGAACGCGAGGGAGAUGGCUAGGUUAUUGUUUGUGGUAGUGGUUUUGCAUGAGUGUAUUGGUUUGGAGGACGGAUUGACAAGCGACUAGGCGCUGUCGUCGUUGCCUUGUGUGGGUUUGGGGAUAGUUGGGUGGACCGUGUAGGUGGCUGUAGGAUACAUACAGCUGCAAGGCCUGAUUAGAUAGCGAUUGAAUCGAACUAGUUUAGAUCA